ACGUUAACACGCGACCGGCGCGAGGAGGGGGGCUCCCAGACGCGUGCCGCUUUUUAAACCGACGCCGCGCCUCGAGACACCAGAGAAGGAGUCCAGCACGCGACAGUGAUAUUCACACAGCAGUGCGUGCUCCCAAGAAGUUUUUUUUUUUUUUACAUAUACACACAUAAAGGUUGUCAGUUUAACUUCGCCUACCUUCUUGGGGCUUCUUGGAAACAUGGAUGUCCGAAGCGUGGAAGACUGGAGCAAAGGCGCACGGGACGCGGCGGUCCUGGACUCGCGGCGGCAGCAGCAGCAGAGCCCGAGCGUGUUGGAGAGAGGCGGGGAGCAGCUGCUCGAGGAGUCCCGCUACGAACCUGGACUGACGCUCGUGGACAGCGGCAGUGACCCACGCGCCUGGCUGGCUCUCGUGCAGCCUUCUGGCACCUGCGCGACACACGCCACCUCACCCGACUACCUGGGGCACUCGCCCUGCUCCAGCACCGGCUCCUACCAAGAGAGCGGCUCCCCGGUGUCAUCGGGCCACCCCAGCCCUCCCAGCUACAGAAAAUCUGCCAAAAGCCCCUCCUCUUCUUCGCUCAAAGUCCGGGACCUGUGCCGUCUUAAAGGCACGGUCCCCGGGCCCGAGGAGGACUCAUCCGCCAGACAGAGAGCCACGUCCAGCAGACCGGUCAACGGCGUCCAGAAGCAGAGGCGCGUGGCCGCCAACGCUCGCGAGAGGAGGCGGAUGCACGGGCUGAACCACGCGUUCGACGAGCUGCGCAGCGUCAUCCCGGCGUUCGACAACGACAAGAAGCUCUCCAAGUACGAAACUUUACAGAUGGCGCAGAUUUACAUCAACGCUCUGGCUGACCUGCUCCAGGGUCCGGCCCCAUCCAGCAGCAGCACUGGCAGCACCGGCAGCAGCAGCAACACCGAUGUCACAAUCAAUAACUCGCCAAAGGUUGACAUUGUGCUGGCAGCCUCCGUUGGUUUUGAUGGGAAGGACAGAGCUGCGCCCUCCCCGAAGACCUGUAGGACAGCCGCGGCCGCGCCCGCCUCAGGUGGCAGCUUACCUGUCCACAUCAGCGGGAUGCCUUUCCGCUCCUCUUUCGACGACGCCUCGUUUUCCGCCCUGGUCGAAGAGGCGAUGUGUUCGCCCGCGGGCAGCUCGCUCGCAGCGGCCGGAGGAGGGAGGAAAGAGUCUCCCCGGAGCGACGGGGAGUUCUCCCCGCACUCCCACUUCAGUGACUCGGAUGAAGUUGCGAUGGAGCUCCACUCCAGCGAAGAGGACGACCUGUCGGACCUGAAGCUGCGCAGCCACCACCACCACCACCACCGCCACCUCCAACACACCGUGUCUUUCUGAAUGAUUUCAAAUAUAUAACAGACUCGAUCACUGGUUCACCGCAGCCUCCAACAAAGUCAUGUAAACCGUGUCAAUCCGUCUGUCGCUAACAAAAAAACGCAUUUUUAAGGAGAGAGAUUUUUUUUAUUAUUAUUAUUCAAAAAAUAGUUUUAAUUUGUAACAGUGGGCCUGAUUCUAUUUUAUCAACUUGUUACACACUCUAAAGGUUAUUUUUUAUGUGAGAUAUAGGCCUGAUUCGGUUUCUGCCAAUAGAUGUAUAGCCUAUAAUUUCCAGUUUCCAUGGAGACGUGGCUGGAAGACCCCCUCUGCCAUGUCGCGCGCAGCACUGCCAUGGGUAUCUCCCACGUCACUCCGACCAAAAAAAUCUGUCUUCCACAAAAAUCAUGACUUCAUGGAUAAUUGCUUAUAUUUGAUAAUGUAAGAAGAAGAAAAAAAGAUAACAACAACAAAGUUUUUUUUGUAGCUAUAAAAUGAUUUUCGUUGUGAUUUUGUUUUUACCUGUUCAUUUCUAUGCGUAAUGUAUUUUGUUUUUGCAACUUCAAAAGUUCAUGAUGUGCACUUUAAACCUAUCCGAGCCAGAGGCUUGAGAAAUGCGACUUUUGUUUUCAAACCAUAAACGAUAUUGUUUUUGCUUUGUUUGUUAGUGUAGUACUGCCAAUUCCGUACCAAUAGCCUAUUUAAUUUUAAUGUAGCCAUCAUUGCUGCCUUCUUUUUGUAUUUUUUUCUUUUGUAUCUUCAAAUGAACUCGUGUGUCUUUUGCUUUCACUGGAUGAGAUUAAUUGACAUGUAUAUUUAUUGCUGAUGUUUUUCAUUCCAUUUGUUUUUGUUUUGUUUUUUUCUAAAAAAAUAAACUCCAUAGUUCAAUUUGCUCGGGGGGUAAAAUAAAAUAAAAUAAAAAAUUCAUUAUGCCAUUUAUUGUCAUGUUAUUUUGA